CGGGAUUCUCCUUCUGAGGCUAAAUCAACAUAGGGAAAUGAAAGAAGGAAGAUGACACAUUAUUAUCGUUUAUGUGAAUGUUUUAUAGCGUAUCUCGUCGCUUUUAUUAGUUUGAGUGUGAGUGAAAGAAUUAGUAGCAAAACCUAUGUAAUAGUGUCAGGAAAUGCAGCUUGUAUUCGACGACUAAAUGGAACCCAUCAAGUCGGAUGUAGUUCUGAAGUAAGUGGAAAUGUUGGAGUGCUUCAUUAUGUUAAUGAUACAGACUCACUUGAUUGGCUGAUAAACAGUGGACCUCAUGAGCCUUAUGUAGCCCUUCUCACAUCAUUAAAUUUCAACAGAGAUACAGUUCAGAAACUGAGAAAUUCCAAGAAAAUUUCAGGCAUUAUUGUGUCAGCAAGGACACCUGUCCCAGAUAGCUUCUCUCCAGCAGACCAAUGCCCAGGGAAUUCAUAUGGUUUAUAUCACAAUGAUAAAGACUUUGGGAAUUGUAAGAAAGUGACAUGGAAUGAGGAUGGGAAUGGAAUGUUUUUUGAGGACUUUGAGUUUCCAAUAUCCCUAGUGACAAAUAAAAAUGAAACUGACUACCUCAUUAACAAUUGCUACCUGAAGUUCAAUGAGCCCAUACAGGGAGUACCCAGAGAAUACCCCCUGUGCGCAGUACAGAUGAAAUCCAGAAUGUCUGCAGCCAAAGACUCGGAGACCUGCAUGAGACGGACAUUAACAGCCACUAAUCUUAACCCUGAUAAAUAUUGUGACCCCCUUGGCGAUAAAAAUGUGAUCGGAUUUCUCAAAGAUGUUCCAAAUGAAUACAAGCCAGAUAGUAAAUCUAUCAUCAUGGCUGUAGCAAGGAUGGACUCGUACAGUUUGUUUGAAAAUAUUUACCCCAGUGCAGACAAUCAUGUCAGUGGAAUCGUUGCUUUACUGGCUGCAGCAGAAGCAAUAGGGAAAGUCAAACACCACUUCACCAAUGAUUCUAAGGACAUUCUUUUCACAUUUUUAAAUGGGGAGGCCUUUGAUUACAUAGGAUCUAGCAGAAUGAUUUACGACAUGGAUAACAAUGCUCUACCUCUGAAGCUGAAGAUGGACCACAUAGAUAAAAUUCUGGAAGUGAAUCAGCUAGCAUUUAGAGACGAGGGAAAAAUCUGGAUCCACUCUGAUCCAUUAAGCAGAAGAGAGCCCAAUAUAUCUACUGAAAUUGACGAGAUGAUCAAUUCUAUUUUGGAUAUUGGAAAGAAUCUUUCUGACCUUGUUGGAGCUGUUGAUCAAUCAUUGCCCCUCCCACCAUCUUCUACACAGAAAUUUCUUCAGAAACAGAAAAUUCCUGCUAUAGUUCUGACAGACCAUAAGGGAACUUUUACAAACAAAUAUUACAACAGUCGCUUUGAUCUGGCUAGAAGCAUCCAUGCAGAGGCUCCGGACACCAACCGAUCAGAUGGUGGCUAUGACUACGUGACUGACCAGGCCAAAAAUCUGACCGAUGCUGCUACACUACUGGCCAAAAGUUUGUACACACUGGCCACUAACUCUACUGCUCCUGACACUCUUACAGCUGAUGUAUCAAGUGUCCAGCACAUGCUGUAUUGUUUUCUUAUCAGUCCAAACUGUGAGUUAUUUAAGGAAAUCAUUCCACCAGCCAAUGAAGCUUUUAAUAAUUUAGUAAGCCGUACCUCUCCCUACCCAUUCUAUGUAAGUGUGUACAGCAGUAGUGGCAGUAACAAUGUGACCAGACUUAUACAGCGACUCCUCACCCGCUACGUCGGAAGUGAAGUCAACCAGACUUCUGCUUGUACCAGCAUCGAAAAAGUGUCCACACAGUUGUACAACUAUUUGUGGAUGGCUGGACCUCUUAACCCAGACAAUAGAACCAGGAGUGUGACUUGUAUGAAGAACCGGGUCACUCAAACCAAAGCUUACUCUCCUGCUUUUGAGAACUCAGAUUACCAUGGCUGGAAUACUUUUCAAUACUCAACAUGGACAGAAUCCAGCUGGAAAACAAAUGCUAUUUUGCUGCGAAUUUUUCUGAUUCCAAGUAAAGCAAUGGAGGUGGGCAUUCUCUGUGCAGGUAUCUUUGUCACUCUGGCAUCAUUAGGCCUUGUUUAUCUCAUCGCAAGAAAAUCAAGUUCUCUAUUUUCAUUGGAUAAUGAAACUGAAGUGACAUCCUAAUUUUCUAAGACCUCCAUUUUGUCAGGGGGAGUAAUUCUGACUUUGGUUUCCAUGGUGCUAAUUUACUUCCUGAACAAGAAGUCGGACAUUUUGUUUGCCCAUCCAGGACCAAGCAAUAUUUAGAAGGACCAGUAUAUCUUUUGUCUCUUAGAGUUUCAAGUGCUGUGAUAAUUUUAAUAAUCCCUUAGUGGUAUUUUUUGUCCCACUGUCAUCUUUAUAAUUCAAGCUACAUUUACUUUGAUCCAUCAUACACCAAGUUUGAUUUUUAAAAAAAUAUAAUUUGUACAUUGGGAUUUAUCAAUAACAGGGGAAAAGUUGUUACUUAUAAGUGAAUUAAGAAAUAGCAGUAAACAUUAUAUCAUCUGGAUUCUUUGGCCUUAAAUUGUUGGCAGUGAGAAGACUUAGCUGAUUUUUUCUCCAAACGAUGUCAUAAUAUACAUGUAUGUACAUGUUUCAAACUGACAAAGUUUUCAUGAGAUUUCAAUAUGAGAGUGGUUAUAUUAAGAAUGUUUGUAGUUCUGUGAGAGUAAGUCCAUACAUUUUCACAGAUUAUUUAUAUUUCAUACUGUAUUUAAGUCAUCCAUCAUUAUUUUCCUGAUAUGCUACUAAAUACAACUAUUUUUAAGGUAUUCUACAUGGAUUUUUUAUUGUUAAUUUGUUAUCCUGUAACUUUCCUUUCAUUUCAAUAUUUUGUAUUUGCAUAUGUAAAUUGCAUUUUUAUGUAAAGUAACAUUUUAUCAAGUAUGAAGUGAGUUAAUGAGUGGCCUAUGCUUGAUCAUCAAAUUAUUACAUGAUUGCAAAAUGUCAUCAUUUACAUGUAAAAUAUAGAAUUGUUGUAAGCUUUUGUUCAACGACUGGAUUUUACUACCAGACAGUAGUGUGUUGUUUUAGUUCUCAUUGCUUUAUUGUGUAUACAUUGUAUGUAGGUACAUUUUUCUUUGAGGAGAAUCACUAAAAUUUCACUUUUAUGAAUCAUGACAACAUAAUACAUAUUUGUAAAAAUGUUAAUUGUAUGCUUGUAAACUUUGUAAUCUAUAAUGGUAAAGUGUUAUGGAAAAAGCUAAAUAAAGCAUUCCAGUGUACAAGUA